AAGUCAUCGCCCGUCCACUUCAAUUUCCAUCUCUCUGGGCACUCCGGCGGAACGAAGAACGCCCACGGAUCCGAGGAACAAGCCGUCUUUGUGGGCUUUAGAAUGCAGAUCUUCGUGAGGAGCCCCAGCGGCAAGAUGAUUUGCCUCAGGGUCCAACCUGACGAUACCUUGCAUACAGUUAAGAAAAAGAUUUUAGAAAAAUACCACCUUGUCUUUGAAGGAGUGCAGAUGGAGGAUAACCUCACACUGGCUGAUUAUAACAUCCAGCAUCAAUCCACGCUUGACCUCCAAGAAAAGAUGCAAAUCUAUGUGAAGGAGACGCUAAAAGGCCUAACCAUCACUCUUGAUGUUGAUAGCUUAGAUACUAUUGACAUCAUAAAGGACAAGAUUGAAUACAACGAGGGAUUUCCCAAGGGUCGGCAAUGCCUCAUCUUUGGCGACGAACAGCUAGAGGGCAAGUACACCUUGGCGGACUACAACAUUUGCAACGAGUCCACGCUUCUCCUUGUCAUCCACCCAUGUACAAGUACAAGUGACGCAAUGCAGAUCUUUGUGAAGAUGCAAAACGGAAAGACCACCACUGUUAGGGUCGACAGCUCAGAUACCGUCAACAGUAUCACGGUGAAGAUCUAUGAAAUGGAGGGCAUCCCACCCCUAGAACAGCGCAUCAUCUUUCGCGGCAGGCGUCUUGAGGGCAGACGCACCCUGGCGGACUACGGCAUCCAGAAGGAGGAAACCCUCCAUCUGAUGCUUUGCCUUUGUGGCUGGUGAUGAGACUGAUGCCAUGCAUGCAUGCAUGGUCAUUCAAUAUUACUACUAGUGGUUUGUUAUCAGUAAAAAGUAUCAUUAAUUAUAGGGAUGCCGUGUCAUUUAGCUAAAGGUCUUUCUUACCAGGAGAGUUCUGUCAUCAGUAAAAGUUUUUAUUGUGGUAC